CUGUCGCUCUUUAGGGUUACAUUCAACCCUUCCUCUCCCUGUCGCUCUUUAGGGUUACAUUCAUCAUGCCACCUCGUGGACAGAAGAAAUCUACACAGCCGGGUGAUCUUCGCCAACAAGUACCCACCACAUUCAAUAAUAGGCCACAGGUAGUUCACUUUCGGCGGCUGGAAAAACCCACCGAAGAUGGUUUCUCUUUGGAGAUGUCAGGGAUGUUGACUUAUGAAGAUGUCACGAAAAGAAUUGCUAGCCAUCUUGGUUUGGAUGAUCCAAGAAUAAUAAGACUUACAUUGCAGAACCCUCACUUUCGGCAUCCUAAAUCCCAGCCUAUUCGCGACAAGAGUGUUGCAAUAUCUUACAAUGAGAAAUCAAAUUUCCUUUAUUAUGAAGUUCUCACUACUCCUAUACAAGAACUGCCAGGUUCAAAAACUCUUAACGUCACUUUUCGCCAUGCAAUAAAGGAUGAAGUGUUCGUUUGUAGUAUUACACUUCCAAACCUAAUUACAGUCGGUUAUAUGAUUAAUGAGUUGAAGAAAAAGGUGGAUCUGUCUCAUCCAAAUGCAGAACUUAGACUCUUCGAAGUACUGGAUCAUAAAAUUCGCAAGAUUUAUUCUCAUACUGAGCAACUGAAGGGAAUAUGUAAUCCAUACUGGACAUUAUGUGCAGAGGAGAUCCCAGAGGAAGAGAAAAUUUUGGGUCCUCUUGAUCGCUUGAUUCAUGUUUGUCACAUCGAUGAAGCAUUCCCAGGGCAAUUUCGUCAAUUUGGGAAACCUUUUUUCUUUGUAAUUCACGGAUGGGAGACUGCCGCUGUAGUAAGGGCACGCAUACAAAUGAAGCUGCAGAUACCUGGCACCGAGUUUUCUAAGUGGAAGUUGAAAUAUUAUUCAUACGGUAAGGGUCAGCAAACUAAAGUACUUUCCCUCGGAGACAAUGCCAUUGUUUCUAGACUUUUUCAGGGAAAAAAUCUUUAUGAAAAUUGUAGAGAGUAUCUUUGCUUGGAGCACUUUGAUAGGCAAAAUCCCCCGCGAAGAACUGAUGUAGCCAGUGCCAGUCUGAAUCCGUUGAACAGAGAAGUAAAAAAAGAAGAAGAAGAGGUGCCAAAGCACAAGAAGCAAAAACUGGAGGCUCUCGUUUGCAGUAUCAUAAAGCAUGAGGAUGAGAAGUUGGUUCAUUCAGAAAACACUGAAGGGGCGCAGUCAAUCCAAGUGUCAGUAGAAAAAGAAAAAGCCGAAUAUUCAGCACCAAAGCUAAAUGAUAAUGAGCGUUCUGCUUUGGUGACACAGUCUAGUGAAAUUGAUCCCUUGAACAGGUUCCCCACAGCUGGUCAACAUUUUGAAGUAGUGCAACAUCACCAAGGCAUUGUUGAUGAUAAUUUUGAAGACGUUGGAGGCUUCAGUAUUCUGAAAUCACAAGCUUCGUUGUAUAAAAAGAUAUGGUUAAAAUACGGGCAUAUUGCUACGAGCCAUGUUCUAAAAAACUUAUACUCUACCCAGGUCACAUUGGUCGGAGACAUAAUGACUUCCAUUGUGGACAUGCAUAACCAUCGGUUUUCUGAGGUUAAAUCCACCAUGAUCGAGUUAUGGGAAAAUAAAAUAAAGAUGGCUGAGAAGCUUGAGUUUAAUGUUGGGUGGCUUAGAGAAUGGUUUGAGGGUGUUAAGAAGGGAUUCCACGGUGAGCAGAAGCUUAAUGCAGCAUUACUGGAGAAAGAUCUGUCUUUACAGGUAGCGAAGGCAAGAUUGAUGGCAAUAAACGAUGAACUGAAGAAGGCGCAAGAGAAUGUAUUGGCUCUAGUAAGCAAGAUUAGUCCGUUAUUCUCGGAGAAGCAAAUUUACCUAGAGAGGGGUAAACGUCUAUUAUUUGAUGGUUUCUUAUAAUUGACAAUUCAAGACAUGAAUCGUCAAAAUUUAAAGAGAGAAAAUGAACUAAAAUGCAAGUUAAUGAAUUUGUACAGGUAUGUAAAUUCGGGCUUGGUAAAUCAGUACUUUCACAUAUAGUUUGGGCCUUUAAGUUACCAUG